AAAUCAAACACGGCCGGAAUUGUCCCAUCGACUGCGCUUCCGUCUACUACAACGGGCUCCGGAGAUCCGGGAUUUACAGCAUCCUGCCCUCGGUCCGCGGAAUUCCCAUCGAGGUCCUCUGCGAGAUGGACACGGAAGGUCCGGAAUUCCACGGGGAUUUCAUCGAGGACGAGGAAAACUUCUACCGGCUGCACGUGGACGGGUUCAGCGGCACCGUGGAGGAUUCCUUCGCCUGGUACCACGACAAGAGGAGCUUCAGCACGCCGGAUUCCGGGAAUAUCUGCGCCGAGAUUUCCCACGGGGGCUGGUGGUACCACCAGUGCUUCUUCUCCAACCUCAACGGCGUCUACUACAAGGGAAAAAAAUUCCUUUGCUCCCGCAGCAUCGAGGACGAGGAAAACUUCUACCGGCUGCACGUGGACGGGUUCAGCGGCACCGUGGAGGAUUCCUUCGCCUGGUACCACGACAAGAGGAGCUUCAGCACGCCGGAUUCCGGGAAUAUCUGCGCCGAGAUUUCCCACGGGGGCUGGUGGUACCACCAGUGCUUCUUCUCCAACCUCAACGGCGUCUACUACAAGGGCGGCCGAUAUUCCAUCAAAAACCGGAAGAUGCUGGGCCCGGACGGGAUCGUGUGGUAUUCCUGGAAGGACACGGACUAUUAUUCCCUGCGGAAGGUGGUGAUGAUGAUCCGGCCGCGCGCCUUCCGGCCCCACCUCUCCCCCUGACCCAUCCCGGGACCUUCCCCGCUGCGCAUCCCGCCGAAUGCCGGGAAUGGCGGGCUGGGAAUCGCGCCGGGAAACCGGCUCUGGAUGGAGCAGAAGCGGAGCUGUUGGGUUUUGUGGGAAUGGGUCCAGCCGGGAUCCAAUGGGGAAUCGAGCCGAGUGGGAAUGGAUCGAGCCAAGGGAAUGGAUCCAACCAGGAUCCAAAUCUCCCGGGAAUGUGGAGGUGAUUCCUCAGAAGGGAAUGGAUCCAACAGGGAAUCGAUCCAUGUCCUCCAAGGAGGGAGAUCUCCUGGGAGUGUGGAGG